AUGAAUAAAAACCAAGACCGCCUCUUAGGAGCAGGCUGGAUCUGCCUCGGCUGCAGGACAGUCUUCCCCACCGAAGAAGCCUUCGACGAGCACGACCCAUACAGAUGCAUAUUCACGGGUCCAGGAUCACUCCAAUCCAACCCAGCUCCCGUCUCUCAAGAAAUAGUCCGUACCCAACGGUCCCCCGAACCCUUACCCGUCUGCCCUCAAUGCCUCCUUUCCUUUCCCACAACCGAGGAAUUGCGGGUCCAUAUCAUUAGAGCCCAUCUCGUGCAACUAGCAAAAUCUGCACAAGAGGACGAAGAAGGGUUCACCUGUCCGGUAUGUAAUUUCCGAGCUUUCGUCACAGACGAUGAACGCUAUGAGCAUAUCAUCGUCGAGCAUCUGGGUGGUGAGCCGAGUUUGUUGGGGCAGAACUUGACAGACGGAGAGCUUGUGUGUCUGUUAUGCCAGGAGCGGUUGAGGAAUGGGGCGGAUUACCGGUCGCAUAUCCUGAGCCAUCUAGGGGGAAACGCCUUGCUCAAAUUGCCGAGAGAAGCUUUCACACUCUCAGGCUGGUCAUUUGAACGAGAUGAAGAAGGUUCAUCGCGACAAGUGCCAAACCGGCUAUGGCGAACUCUAGUGGCUGAUCGAGGGCCUCAUGGAAGAGAGGCACCCACUUGGUACCGCCGUGCGUGUUUGGAGUGUCUCCAGUAUACAGACUCAUUCGGGGAUCUGAGUUUAGAUCAGUUCAAGAACCUCGACUGCACACCACACAGGACGACUGCCAUGACGCAGUUUCUGGAGAGAGUCCAGCAGGUUGUUUGGAAUAGGAAGUUCUUUCAUGCGAGGGGGAGAGAUGGAAGUACAUUGUACGGUCUGUGUCCGCCUGCAGCGGAGGCGAACGAUAUUAUUUGCAUCUUUUUUGGGUGUAGUGUGCCUGUCUUGCUUAAGAAGGUUAAGUCUGAGAGCAGGGACUGCUAUCUCCUAGCAGGAGAGUGUUAUGUUCAUGGUAUGAUGGAUGGUGAGGCACUUACUCCAAAGCCAGAAUACCCGUACUCGAAAACUGAAGGAUUUCUACUGGUCUGA